AAAUAUAUGUUGGCCCAAAUUGAAGAAACUAUUUGGGCUGCUACAUUUUUAGCGUUGUUUUCUUUUCAAAUGAGACGAAAACAACAUAAACACAUACAAAAAUAUCAUCAAACAGAGCCUCAUAUCGAACCAGUUGAUUAGCGCGAUGAACUGGGUUUGGAGGUACUCUGAUCGUUGUGCUUUUGGGUGCACGCCAAGUGUUUGUUAAUGAACCAAAGAGAAGAUGGCGAUGCAAGAAAAGGCGACCACGCGAGAAAGAAUGAGAUUCAGAAGCUUAUGGUGCAGCGAAGAAAUUAGACUUUUUUUUUAGUAAUGAAAUAUAACAUAAGAUUCAUAUGGGUAUUCUAUGAUAUCUUAAGAUUUUAGAUGAAUUAGAAAGAGCGAAAAAACAAACCGACUAUAAUUCGAAACAAAAUAUUGAUAAAUUAAGGCUCUAAAUUAUAACAAAAUUCCAAGCCACUCACUUUUUCCACAGACUUGUUUUUCUACAAGUCUCUGCUUGUGACUGCCUGCCUUCACUAAGCAAUUAUCAUGGAAAUAUAAUUUAAUCUUUGAUUUUCUUCUGUAGCAUAAUCUUCCAUAAUGUGUGCACAAAACUUUGAACACUACACACAUUAUUUGCACCCCUUGAGCUUGAUCAUUACAGUGCACCUUGUAUUACUUAUCAACAUCCCAGUUUAUAAUGCUCAACUUGACUACGGGAAGUACUACUCGGAGUGCAGCAACAAUGCCACUCUCAGAUGCGGCGAGACGACACUCGGUCCCAUAAUCUACCCUUUCUGGGGACAAAAUAUUCGACCUUCGUAUUGCGGUCUUGAAGGAUUUGAGUUCAGUUGUGAAAAUAAUGAGAUUCCUGUUAUAGAUAUUGGUUCAGGCAACAAGUAUCGUGUAGCAGAUAUCUAUCCACUUGCUGGGGAGAUCAUCUUAAAUCGUUAUGCUCAUAAAUUGGAAGAGACUUGUGCUCCAAAGUUCAGUAGCACCACAUUAAACACAAAACUGUUCGAGUACGGUCCAGGCACAGAGGAUCUCUACAUGUUCUACGGGUGUCCCCUUGACCUACAUGUACGACUUAAGUUGGGAAUUCCCAACAAUUUUACUUGCAGAACUCGUGAGAAGCAUACACAAGUUAUUUUUGGGGUGGAAUCACAUCUCAAAGAUGAUCUUCACAGGCUUAACAAAUUGUGCGAACCUCCUAUCAGAGUCCCAGUUAACUGGACUGACAUUGAGAAUCUGCCCACGGAUGUAAAUCGGCUGCUGGAACAACUAUCAGAGCGGAGUUUUGUUAUUCAUCACAAAAUAAACUAUACAGCAUGUCAAGAUUGUUUGGGACCUGGUAGAGUGUGUUGGAAUGGCGCAGAGGUUGGAGUAAAUUCCAGUUGUCUGUCCAAGCCAGUGAAGCCAAGCAGACAAGUGAAGCCAGGCAAGCUUAAAUAUUUGUUUAUUAUUUGAAACUGGAAUUACAAUAGUGGACAAGAUUUUCAUUGGUUAACAUGUGUUCUGUAUGUGUAUAAAGCUCAAAGACUCAGAGGUAAUCUAAAUACCAUCUUCAAUGAACUUUUUCUUCUUUUCUUCAAAAUAUGAAAUAGAGGAACUACAAAGUCUGAAGCAUUGUUGAAAUAUGAAAUCUGCACAUGUCUAUCAAACUAAUUUAAAAAGUUAAACCAUGAGAAAACAAAUCAAUUCUUUCUUAUUUAUCAUCUUCUCACCCUGGUUCCUCCGUUACCUCUUUAGAUAUAAAUCACUACACACUUAUUUAUUAUGUAUGCCCAACACUUUGAACAUCACUACACAAAAGGGGUUCAUAUACACCAAAAGGGAUUGCAAAUUCCCCCAAAAGGGGUAGUAUUAGUAUAUGUGUGUCAUAUACAAAUCAAGCAUAUCGGAAUACUGGAACAUAUCAUGUCCUAAAAUUGUAUAUUCUAUUAGUGGUUCAUAUGAUAUGCUUUUUCCAGAGAUGUUUGCGCAAAUAUGAAAUUAUGUCUUCAAUUUUCAGUCGCUUGAUUUAUUUUAUUUGUACAGCUGCGAAGUCUGUAAUUAAAUUUAAGAUCAUGAUGCUUCAAAUUAGUUUGUUUCUUUCUUUAAUAUGAACAAAUACAAAAACUAAUGAAGUGUCCAUUACUCCAUUAUUGACAGGUAAACCUCAGGAUGGGAGAUUAAAGAUUGGCAUAGGUGGUGUAGCAGUAAUUUCCAUGCUUCUCUUGUUAUUGUUCAUCUUCAUCUGCUAUCAUCGGAUCAAAACCAGGCAUGAAUCAUCUUCCUAUCCAAAAGAUGUCGAGGCUUUCAUCAGGAACUAUGCAUCUUCAAAACCCUGCAGAUUUAGAUACGCUACUCUAAAAAAAAUAACAACUUCUUUUAAAUAUGAAUUAGGCAAAGGUGGGUAUGGAAAUGUUUAUAAAGGCCGUUUAACAGAUGGUCGAGUCGUGGCAGUGAAGGUUUUAAAUGAAACAAAAGGAAAUGGAGAGGAAUUUAUAAAUGAAGUUGCAAGCAUUGGCAGGACUUCUCAUGUCAAUGUUGUCACUCUACUGGGAUAUGUUUACGAAGGUAAGAAGCGAGCUCUUAUAUAUGAGUAUAUGCCUAAUGGAUCUCUGGAAAAGUUCAUCCAUGGAACUACUCCUUCAUUGAAAGGUCAAAUUCUCAGCUGGGAAAAGUUGUACAACAUUGCAAUUGGAAUAGCUCGAGGGCUGGAGUACCUGCAUUGUGGCUGCAACACACAAAUUUUACAUUUUGACAUUAAGCCACAUAAUAUCCUUCUUGACAAGGAUUUUUGCCCAAAGAUAUCUGAUUUCGGCCUGGCAAAGUUGUACAAUAGGGAAAAAAGUAUAUUAUCUUCUAUAAUGCAUGCUAGAGGAACCAUUGGCUAUAUUGCUCCUGAAGUAAUUAGUAGAAAUUUUGGACCAGUGUCACAUAAGUCUGAUGUCUAUAGCUACGGGAUGAUGAUUCUGGAAAUGGUUGGAGGAAGGAAAAACGUUGAUGCUAGAGCAGCUCGCACUAGUGAAAUAUAUUUUCCCAGAUGGGUUUACAAGCAUAUCCAUGAUAAUGAAGAAACAAGUUCUGCAGAUAAUAUAACGGAAGAGGAAAACCAUGUAGUACGGAAGAUGAUGAUCGUGGGACUGUGGUGCAUACAGACUAAUCCAGCACACAGACCAUCAAUUAGCAAGGUGAUGGAAAUGUUUGAAGGUGAUUCAGCAGCUCUGGAAAUGCCACCCAAGCCAUACAUGUGUUCUCCACCCUCUUCACCAUAAAAUGUUCAACUCUUGCCACGUUACCAACUUAUGGUACACCCCAUCUUUAUCAUCAUCUGAUUCUAUGUAUUAUUACUCAUCAUCCAGUAUUACUCAUGAGUCAGCAACUCUCCCAAUGUUAAUCAGUAUGUACGCUCCAGUUAAGCUUAAGCGAAGUUCAUUCUGAUGAUACAAUCGUGAUGACGUAUGCAAGUAGAUGCAUUGUUUCUGUUUGUAAUCAAUUUUUUUUGUGCAUCAGAUAAGUAACUGGUCAUGAACUUCUUUCUAAUCAUUUUAGUGGAAAGAACAUUUUCCUUGUUUCUCAUCUGUUUUAGUCUUCAUGCUAAAGUCUUAGGUAAUGUUGUGCAGAGCAAUGUCAAAGAGUGGUUGAUCCACCUGUUACUGUCCAGAUAUUGCAGUAGU